UGGUUUUACCCCCCUCCCUAGAGAUCUAUGUGGGCACCAGGGGCUCCGAUGUGCCCUCCGUUUCCAGCCAGGACCUGCGCCUGAGUCACCGGGGGUCCCAGAAUGGGAGAUUCCUCCUCCGAGGCACGCCGGGACGCCGAACCCACGACCGCCGCCACCGACCCGGGCGUACCCGCGGAGGGCGUCCUCCCGAACAGCCAGAGGAACGGGGUGGUCGAUGGGGAAGAAGAGCGGGACGGCCCCCGCGAGAUGCAGCCCCCCAAGAGGGCCCCGGCACGCCCCGUCCUGUCGGGGAGGAAGUACUCCCUGCAGGAACGGCCCACCGGGAACUACCUGGCUUGCGCCGACCCCUACGCCACGGGGCCCUCCACCCACAUCUCUCCCCGCGCCCUGCGCAGGCCCACCGUCGAGUCACACCGCGUCUCCAUCUCCGACGCCGCGGUAAGAUGA